AUGGCUCGCCUUGCCCUGUCUGACGAUGACGCUAAGGUUAGACGCUGGUUUGCCGACGAAGUGACAGGAAACCUCGGCUGCGAUCUCACCGUCGAUGAGAUGGGCAAUAUGUUUGCGAAGAAGAAGGGUUCUCUCAAUUCGACGAGCCCGAUGACCGCCAUGGGAAGUCACCUUGAUACCCAGCCAAGAGGUGGGCGAUACGACGGGAUCUUGGGUAUCAUGUCAGCAAUUGAAGUGAUGCGAACCCUGAAGGAGAACGGAUACAAGACACAAUAUGAUGUUGGCAUUGUCAACUGGACAAACGAGGAAGGAGCCCGGUUUCCCAUGUCGAUGAUGGCGUCAGGUGUUUGGGCCGGUAAGGUUCCUCUUGAAAAGGCCUGGGCCAUGGGCGAUAUCUUCGAUCCAUCCGUCACAGUCAAAUCCGAGCUUGCCCGCCACGGCUACAUCGGUCCCAUUGCCUGCUCCAGCCAAGGCUACCCCCUCGGUGCGCAUUUUGAGCUUCACAUUGAGCAGGGUCCCAUUCUCGAAGAGAACAGCAGGAAAAUUGGUGUUGUGCAGGGCGCACAGGCAUAUCGCUGGUUCACCUUCACGAUCAAGGGUCGCGACGCGCAUACCGGCACAACGCCCCUCAAAUCUCGAUCGGACCCUCUUCUCGCCGCGUCCAAGAUGAUUGCGAGCUCUAACGCCAUCGCGAAAGAGCUCGGUGCCUUGGCCUCUACUGGCGUUGUUAAGAUCCCUCCCAGCUCAUCCACCAACACGAUCCCGUCUCAGGUCACCUUCACCCUAGACAUUCGGCACCCGGAAGAUAGUGUCGUCGACGAUGUGCAAAACCGCGUACUCGAGUCGUUCAGUACCAUCGCCAAGGCGGAUGGUAGGGGGGUUCAGGUAGAAUGGACUCUCGACACGGACUCGCCUGCAGCAAAGUUCCAUCCCGAUUGCAUCAGUGCCGUCGAGAAUGCUGCAACGGGACUAUUUGGUGCUGACGGGUGGCUCCCGAUUACGAGCGGCGCCGGCCAUGACAGCGUCUACACAAGUAAGGUGUGCCCGACGACAAUGAUUUUCGUUCCUUGCAAGGAUGGAGUGAGCCAUCAUCCCGAGGAAUACAGCAGCCCCGAAGAUUGCGCGAACGGUACUCAGGCGCUUUUUGAGGCGGUAUAG